AUGGGGAAAGCAAGUGUAACCCUGAGCAUAGUGUUCCUAGUCUUUCUCAUGGCUAAAGCCAAUUCCCAAAGUGCUUUCAAUGUGACAGCAUCCUAUAUUCCCUACCAUCCUGAACAAAAUGGAUGGGAGUUAAGAAAUUACUGCUCAACAUGGGAUGCAAGCAAGCCGCUCGAGUGGCGCCAGAAGUAUGGAUGGACGGCCUUCUGCGGACCCGUCGGACCUCAAGGACAAGCUGCUUGUGGCAAAUGCUUAAAUGUGACCAAUACUGGAACAGGAGCUAAUGUGACGGUGAGAAUUGUUGAUAAAUGCGGCAAUGGGGGGUUGUUGUUAGACGAAGGAGUUUUCCGGCAAAUAGACACCGAUGGAAAAGGCAUUUUUCAAGGCCACCUUAUUGUGAACUACCAACUUGUGGAUUGUGGUAAUUGA